GCUCUGCCGGGCCAGCCGAGAAAGUUGCGCGGAGGGAGGCGGCGUAGAAUCGGGCCGAGCCGGGCGUGGAGGACGGACGGCGGCGGGCGUCCGGGGCAGGCGCGGCGCCCAGACUCCCGGCGCGUCCCGGGGGUUCCGAUUUGAAGACCCGACUUCUCCUCAUCCUUUGGAUGAUGCCCAAGGCUUUUCUACCCAAUGAUCCUCUUGCAACACGCCGGGCUUCCUCCGCCUAAGCGGCCCUCAUCCUCUCCUCCUAUGUCAGUGGCCGCCAGGUCUACAGGAGCCUUGCAGCUUCCACCGCAGAAGCCUUUUGGGCAGGAGGCUUCCUUGCCUUUGGCUGGGGAAGAAGAGCCACCUAAGGGAGGGGAACAAGACACUGCCCUGGAGGAGCUAUGUAAGCCCCUGUACUGCAGGCUCUGCAAUGUCACCUUGAACUCAGCGCAGCAAGCCCAGGCUCAUUAUCAGGGUAAAAAUCAUGGUAAGAAACUUCGAAAUUACUAUGCAGCAAAUAGCUGUCCUCCUCCUGCCAGAAUGAGCAAUGCAGUGGAACCUGUGGCUGCUCCAGCUGUUUCAGUCCCUCCGCAGGUGGGCUCCUUUAAGCCAGGAGGCAGAGUGAUCCUGGCCACUGAAAACGAUUACUGUAAGCUCUGCGACGCCUCCUUCAGCUCUCCGGCUGUGGCCCAGGCUCACUAUCAAGGCAAGAAUCAUGCCAAGAGGCUGCGGCUGGCGGAAGCUCAGAGUAACUCAUUCUCAGACUCCUCAGAGGUCGGUCAACGGCGGACCCGGAAAGAAGGGAAUGAAUAUAAGAUGAUGCCUAAUAGGAGAAAUAUGUAUGCAGUACAGAAUAAUUCAGCAGGUCCUUACUUCGGUCCCCGCUCUCGGCAGAGAAUCCCCCGCGACCUGGCCAUGUGUGUGACUCCAAGCGGCCAGUUUUAUUGCUCCAUGUGUAACGUCGGGGCUGGCGAAGAGGUGGAAUUCCGGCAGCAUUUAGAGAGCAAGCAGCAUAAAAGCAAGGUGUCUGAACAGCGAUACAGGAAUGAGAUGGAGAACCUGGGCUACGUAUAG